CUUAAGAUAAGAAAAGAGAAGGACAGAUAAGGAUCGAAAAAAGGUUUAAUAUUUUUUUGCAUUAGUAAGCUUUUGACUCAAAUAAUUUCCUUCAAAUAACCAGUUGGACAAAACUUAUAAUGAACUCUUGACACUCCCUUGAUUUACAAGCUAUUUGAGGUUGCAUAUUGUGUUGUAUGUAUGAUGUCACGUCGAUUUAAAUGUGUGAACUUUGGACUGGCAAUCCCUCUUUGUAUGUACCUAGGAAUCAAUAAUGACCAAUGUGGUCUUGCGUACAACACAUGCACACACCCCUUAUAUGAAACUACAAGGAAAAGGCAAAACAAAAAUGACAAACCACUUUCUAGCAAAGAUCUGAACAAUGAAGUGUCCCAAAAUACACAUUUUAAAACUAAAUACGGUAUGUUGUAUAUAACUUUAAUAUAUGCAUUUCUCAAAAAGCUAACUUUCACAAUGGGAUUCAUACUGAUUUAGUAUAAUAGUAUAAAAUUAGACAAAUCAGUCUCAAAGACCACUCAUUCUAGCAGUACAGAAUCACAAAUACUUAAUACAACUACUAAAAAUUUAUACUUUAAAUGUACUUUACACAAACCUUUUUCUUUUUUAUUGUAUAAUGACCAAUGAUUCAUAGUUCAGGUGGCACCAAUCUUGGAUCUGGAUCUAGACCCCUGACCUAUAAUAACAGCAGUAAAAAAUAAAAAGUCUCUACUAUAAAUUAUCUAAUUAUGUAACAAACCAAACAACUGAAAAUCUUCUCUUUAAUAUUACAGAAACACUGCUUGCCCUUAACGUUCAAAGAUGAUUCUAAAAGAAACAAAUCAAACCAAUGUGAACUCUACAGGACACUGAUUCUCAUGUAUUGUACGUGCGUGAGAGAGUAACAGAUGGAAAGGAGGUGCUUUAACUCCAGCCCCACCCUCUUGUCUGCCUUCCAGUCCUCCACGGGAAGAAAAACACCCUGCAUAAACCACAGACCGAGCAGCAGGUUGGAUACUAAAAGCCUCACAUGGCUACAACAGAGUAACAGGCAAAGACUAAGAUCUCGAUGAGACAAAGAAGAUCCAACUACAAAUCACAGAGCGAUGGGACCAACUCAAGGAACAAGAAACGGAAAUUAAACCAGGUUGGUUGGUGGAAAUUUCACAUCGCUCUUCUUCGUGAAGAACAUCAACAGGCUAUGGAUCAUCCUUUCAUGAAAGACUCAAGACUGAGGCCAGGAAUCUUGUGAGCAUUUUGGAACUGUGAAUAUGAAGAACAACCGUCUAGAAACGAACUUCCUGUGCCUGUAACAAGGUGGUUAUUUAUUAAAACACACCCAAAGGAUCCACCAUGCCUUGUUGAGAGGAAAAAGAAGGUAAACUGAUGUGGUUGCAAAUGCUUACGUGCAAGCUUUCACACUUUGACAGUAAGAUUAUGCGAUAUGAUAAGAGUGGCAAGAAGGCAGCUCUGUGAAAUGUAUGCACACUGGCUCUUCAUAGAAUUUCAUGUUUGGGCUCUCUGACCUUCUCAAAGCACUGAUUGACUCCUUUUAAACCAAACUCUAAUCAAUGACAAUGACAGGGAUGAACAAUUCAAGCUGUUCCAAUGAUGAAUUUAAAUAUGUGUUAUACAGCUCCGUUUUCAGUAUUGUCUUUAUUCUCGGGCUGCUCUUCAACAUGGUGGCCAUGUACAUUUUUGUUUGCAGACUGAAAAUGCGCAAUGAGACCACAACAUACAUGAUGAACCUUGUGGUCUCGGACAUCCUCUUCGUCUUGACCUUGCCUUUCAGGACAUUCUACUUUAUUAAACGUGAGUGGCCUUUUGGUAACGCUCUCUGCAAAAUCUCAGUGGCCUUGUUCUACACCAACAUGUACGGCAGUAUCCUCUUCCUCACGUGCAUCAGCAUGGACCGCUACCUGGCAAUCGUUUAUCCCUUCGCGUCUAGAACGCUGAGGACCAAGCGCAAUGCUAGAAUAGCCUGCUCCGUGAUCUGGGUGGUUCUGCUGUCGGGAAGCCUAACCGCAGGUUUCGUGAUGGACACUUCAUUUACAAACAACCAAAUGUACUGUUUUGAAAACUACUCAAACUCCCAGUGGAAGUCCAUGGUAUCAAAAGUUGUGGUGUUUAUGGAAACGUUGGGUUUCCUGAUUCCACUGAUGAUCAACUUCAUCUGCUCUAUGAGGGUCCUACAGACCUUACGGAACCCGGAAAGCAUCAGCCGUGGAGGGCAGUUGAACAAGGCUAAGAUAUUGCGUAUGAUUGUGGUGCACUUGCUUAUCUUUUGUUUUUGCUUCAUUCCAUACAAUGUCAAUCUGGUCUUAUACACCCUGGUUCGAAGUCAGGUUAUUACAAACUGCACUGUGGAGUCAGUGGUCCGGACAAUUUAUCCAAUUGCAUUUUGCAUCGCCGUGACCAACUGUUGCUUUGACCCAGUGAUCUAUUACUUUACCUCCGAGACGAUUCAGAACUCUAUUAAACGGAAGUCUUUAGCUCUCCGCAAAAACACGCUAAACGACACAAUUAACAAUAGUGUUAACAACAGAAGUGAUUCGAUGAAUAAAAUCACAUCUCUUAAAGUUAAAUUCAUCAUUGAAGAGUCUUCAAUAUGAGCAAAGUUCAGGCAGUGAACUUGAAAAAGUAUAAAGUCUGAGUAUCAUCUUGGUGCUAGAAUGGAUUUGUGUUUACAGACCAAACUCAACUAUCCUUUUUCGUAAUGGAUUAUUGAUCCUGUAACUGUAUAAAAACUGUAUAUGGCCAAGAACUAAAAAAAAAAAAAAAGUAUUUUUGUACAAAGUGCUACAUUUCAAGGCAAACAACAGAUUGAUUAGUCCUUAAACUUUCUUGCUUCACCUUGAAAAACAGCAGCACUUUACAUAUUAAUUAAUAAUGAAUAUUUUUUACAGCAUUUAAUAAUCCAGCUUAAUAUUAAUUUAUAAAUAACUAUGUUAAUUCAUGUUCGUUCAAAAUAAACUCUUAAUUUGUACAAAAUGUAAAUGUACAAAUGAGCUAAAUUGUUCAAUGCUUUUAUUAAUUGUUAUUUCAUAUGAGCUAUUAAAUUAACGAAAUGUUAAUUUAAACUUAUUGUAAAGUGUUACCAUCUAAACAUAUUUCAUUAUUUUGUUUCACAUUUAAAUGUAUUAAUGCAAUAAACCUCUAGUUUAUGUAUAAUAACAACAUUCACAAAACUGCCAGUGCCUUGUAACAAAUGACACUUGGGGUAUAAAAUGAUCUGAUAAAAUAUUCCCAUGUGUCGUUUCGUGUUUAUUCCUGGGCAAAUCAGACAAGUUUGUAUUGUUUUGCAAGCCAAAUCACGAUUAAGGUAAACAAAUUCCAUUAUAUCCAUUUAAUCAGAGGACAAAUAGUGAGCAGAAAAGGGAGUGACUCUCAGAGAACAAUGACACUAUAUGGGCUUUGGUCUACUGAUUAUAUCAAGGCUUGUCAGUGUAAGAAAUUAAGGUGAACAGGUCUGCAGGGUGUGCCGCUUAUAUACUGUUAGAGUUUAACCCAGCAAUAGUUCAAGCAGUGUUUUUCAUCUUUUCUAUCAUUUUUAUAUGUACAUUAUGAUUUCUGAUUUUAUGAUCGCAUUAUAUUUUAAAAUAUAUUUUUUUAAAUACAGUUUUUAAAACAUACCACUGAAGGAACAAAAAGCUGCAUUUCAGGAGCGUUGAACAGGAGAGAACAAGCCCUGCUCCAUCACUCAACACUGCAUUCCUUGCACAAUCAUAUGCCCAGGAGGCAUGCUGUGAAAGACUUUCAAAUCAUACCUCUAAAGGGCAUUUUAUGUAAACGAUAGGCAGCAGGCUUCGCAUGUGAUCUUGCUGCCAUGCAUACGCACAAGUCUGGAUGGAAUGGAAUGGAAUAAGCCGCUGCAAGACUGGUCAAGACAUUUUCAGCUCAAAAGCAUGCUGCAUUUUUGAGCAAUUACUGUAAAUGCUGUUUUCUGGAUAUAAAUGGUAAUAAAAAUAUCAAAGUG